UUAGGGUUAUUAGUAAAAUGUUAACCAGAACACUCAUAAAACUAGAGGCUCCAGGAGGAAACAUAUUUAGUCGGUGAAGUAGCAACUUUAGGACAUUAAAUAAUGGGGAUUUUAGAUCUCUUUCUCCAGUCCUCCAGCUCUAUCUCCCUGUUGGGGGGUCUUGUUGUCCUGCUACUAGUCUACCUUGUCUCCUCCUCCAGUUUCAGCUCCAAGGAAGACAGAAAGGAGCCUCCAGGACCAAAACCAUGGCCUCUAAUCGGGAACCUGCUGCAGCUUGAGCUCAAGAGACUCUACAGCACAUUACUGAAGCUUUCCAAGAAAUAUGGAUCAGUGUUCACCAUCUUUUUGGGACCAAAAAAAGUGGUGGUGCUGGCUGGAUACAAAACGGUGAAGGAGGCACUUGUCAAUCAUGCCCAAGAGUUUGGAGAAAGAGAUCCACUACCAAUUAUGAAAGAAUAUGAAAAAGGACAUGGUAUUACAUGGGCCAAUGGUGAUUCGUGGAAGGAGAUGAGGCGCUUUGCUUUGAGUAACCUGAAAAACUUUGGGAUGGGCAAGAAGGCGAGUGAGGACAAAAUCAUUGAGGAAUGUGAACUUCUCAUUGAAUUGCUUAAGAAACUCAAAGGUGAAGCUUUUGCUACGAGCCAACCGAUAAAACAGGCAAUCUCUAAUAUUAUCUGCUCCAUUGUUUAUGGCAGCAGAUUCGAAUAUGAUGAUCCAGAGUUUACAACCCUGGUAAAUUCCAUUGGCGCACGUCUUCAUCUUUUGGGCUCCCCUUCAUUACAGCUGUACAACAUCUUCUCAUGGUUCUUCAAAUGGACUCCCAGCCGGAAGUCCUUCCUCAGAUUUGGUGCUGCCAGUAUAAAACAGAACUUACAGCUGUUCAGUCGUUUGAAAGAGACCCUCAAUCCACAGAUGUGCAGAUGCUUUGUGGACGCCUUUCUGGUUCAAAAGCAAAAUCUGGAGAAAUCUGGGAUUACCAAACAUCAUUUCCACGAUGAAAACCUUCUGAUAACAGUUCAGAAUCUGUUCUCGGCUGGCACUGAGACAACUGCAACCACAAUGAUAUGGGGACUUCUGUUCAUGGCCAAGUUUCCAAAAAUACAGGACCAGGUCCAGGAGGAGCUGAGCAGGGAAAUAGGAAUCCGCCAAGUGCGCUACGAGGACAGGAAGAACCUGCCCUUCACCAGCGCUGUCAUCCAUGAGACACAGAGACUGGCCAACAUCGCCCCAACGUCACUUCCCCACAAAACCAGCCAAGAUGUCGUCUUUCAGGGUUACUUCAUUAAGAAGGGGACCGCAGUGACUGUUCUCUUAACAUCUGUCCUACAUGAUGAGAGUGAGUGGGAGAGGCCACACAGCUUUCAUCCUGCUCACUUCCUGGACAAAGACGGGAAGUUUGUCAAGCGGGACGCCUUCAUGCCUUUUUCUGCAGGUCAUAGAGCUUGCCCUGGAGAGAGUCUGGCCAGGAUGGAGCUCUUCAUCUUCUUCACCACCCUCCUGCAGCACUUCCGCUUCACUCCUCCUCCUGGAGUUUCAGAGGAUGAACUGGAUCUGACUCCACAAUUGCGCCUCGCCCUCGACCCAUUAAGUCACAAAUUGUGUGCUGUUCCUCUACAUGACAAAGAGGAGGGCUUGAAAAUUUAAAAAGCAGUAAAAAAAAAAAAGUACUGACAAUGUUCAACACCAGUAAUGUCAUUAAGAAAAUGUUUGUUGAAUGUUUGCUUUAGAAUCGCUUAUGUCCCAGCAAUGGACUUUCUUUAUUAGCUACUUCAUAAAUAUGCUAGCAGAACACAAUCAUCUUAUAACAAUUACAAAAAAAGUCUUUCUUGUAACUUGACUACACAAUAAGACCAAGAUAGCUGAAUGUUGUGGCAGUAACUCUCUUUUAGCCAACAAUUGUCUGACAGAGUUCCUCAGCAUUAAUCUUGGAGUUGCUCACCCUUUCCAACUGCUUCAAACUCAAAAGCUGCAAAAUCAUUUUGUUGCAAAUGUAAUAGAAAUAAAAUGAAUACUGUAUAUUCUGACGUGUUUUUGACAAAUGUGUCUCAAAAGAAACAUACCUGCUG